UUUACCUAUCGGCUCAGGUGUGCCGCUGUGACAUCUGCAAAGUGAAUCUGAAUAUCAUAUUCGAUUCAUAAGAGAUAGCCUAUAUAAGAGGACAGAAUGGAGGAGAAGAGACAAGAUCAUACAACAGCAGUAAAGAACAAACGGAGGACUGAAACAGCAGCAGCAGAAGCUCAUCAAGCGGAUCAACCUGAAUCACUGAUCACUCAAGACAACAGGAUGAAUGUUCGUGUGGAUCUGAAGCUAUGCCUUCUCCUGGCAGUGUGUGUCAGCUCUGUGCUGAGCUGCAGGUGGACCAGACAAACUCAACAAAGUCAAUCAAAGUUUCUGCACCAUCAUGGGAUCUCUCUGGAUCUGAUCAGAACGAUGGGUGAGAAAAUCCAUAAUGACCACGAGGACAUCAACCCUAUCCCAUAUGAGCUGAUCAAUAACCACAGAAGAGCAGAGCCUGAGAAGCAGAUCCUGUUUGUCAUUCAGGCUCUGGUGGAGAUCACUGGCCUCUUCGACGAUGCCAUCAUUCCCUGGGAAUGGGAUGCUAAAAAAUUUGACGAUUUCUUAAACAUCAUCCAUUCGCAGAUUGACGGACUGCGCUCAUGUGGCGUUUACAAAAUGAAGAAGAACAAAAAGCUGCAUCUCUAUUUCGAAAGAUUGAGACAAAUGACAGAGCUGAACAAGGAGGAUGGAGGUAAAAGCUGGGAGAUCGUCAGGAAACGGGUCAUUAGUCUCCUGAACCAGCUGGAGUCUUUCCCCUUCAACUUUCAGGCUCAUUGACUGGACUUCUAAAAGCUCCUCAUUUACAGAAGAACAGAAACAUUUCAGUGUUAUUAAUCAGUGUUUACACUCCUCUUUUUGUAUACAUUUGAAAAAGAAUUAUAGAUGUAUUUAUUAUUCUG